AUGAGGCAGAAACGAAGGAACCAUGCGAAGGUCCCCCUGAACUUAAACAACAGCAACAAUGACCAUAAGACGCAAAACACGAAGAGGAAAAAAACAGAAAAGGGGGCAACUAAAGUAGGGGCUAAAAAAACACAUAGAUCAAAUGACACAAAUAAAAAAUUGGACAUCCUCUUUUAUGGGAACAAAAAUAUAUACUUGAGAGACAUUCACAAUUUUAUAAUAAAUCUCCGGACUGAAAAAAGUGUUCACAAAAACGACCUGUUCAUUGUAAAAAAUAAUGACUGCAUAAAUAAUUUAAUCGUAGUCAUCGUCCCCAAUUUGUCCAGUUGGUUCAUAAGGGACAUUUCUUCCAGUGGCGUUUUUGCCAAACUCCAAAAGAACAAUAACUUUAGGAAAAUUCACACCGAAAAUUGUUUUAAAAAUAAUUAUAGUAAUUUAAUUUUAAAAGCGCUAAGUGUUUCUGUGAUGAAAAAUAAAGGAACAAAUUAUAAUUCACCCGGGGACAACUUGUACAUUGAAAAUUAUUUACUAAGCAGUGAGCAGAUGCUCCUGAAUAGGUACCCAAAAAAGGACUCUGAAGAUUAUCUUGGUUUCGACAAUAUUGAAUAUGUCAAGGUAGAUAAGGGAAUAACCGACAUGCGCUCUUAUUUAAACACCACCAUGAACACCACCACAAGUAUGAGGAGUGAUGAAAAGGACACCCCCAAUGCAUUAACACAUAAUGAGCAGACGAGCGUACCUGUCACAGAGCCGGUUGAUGCCUCAUCACAGGGGAAGGACCCAAAUGGGGAAACUGCCGACUCGGGGGAGACCAUGGAAGAGGUGAAAAAUAUCUUCACCGAGGAACAUAUAACCAUGUAUGCCCAGGUGUUGGAGAAACUCCUUAGGGCCUCCCAAAAGGCAUCACAGGGAAAGGGGCAGCCUACCACAGAAAAUGAUCCAACGGAAAAGGAAAAAACGGAGUCGCCAAACCAGUCCGGUGAGCAGGAGCAAGAAGAAGAAGAAAAGGAAAAUGAAGCAGACGGGAAGGACGAAAGUGUAAACGGAGGAGAGGCCGCAAAUGCAGAUGACACCUCCAACACAUCUCUGCAAAAUGGGGAGGUGAAUGGAGGUCUCAGCCCCUUGAGUGAGGAAGGAAGUCAGAGUGGAAGCACCAGCGAAGGGAGAGAAGAUGACCCGAGCUGCUCGAAUAUCUCAAAAUGCCAAUCGCCCGUCCAGUUCGAUCUAAACAAUAUAUACAGCAUCGACUGCGAGAUGUGUGAAACGGUAAAUAAAAAAAGAGAGCUCACCAAAAUUACGGUAGUUGAUGCGUACAUGAAUAUAGUAUACGACUCUUAUGUCGUGCCGGACAAUCAAAUCACAGACUACUUAACUCCGUACUCGGGCAUAAGUGAAAGCACCCUACACAAUGUGCAUACUAAAUUGGAAGAUGUACAGGAGCAUUUGAAAAAAAUUUUUAAUAAAGAAUCCAUUUUAAUUGGUCAUUCCUUAGAGAAUGAUUUGCAUGCAUUGAAAAUUUACCACGACUACGUCAUUGACACGUCCGUGGUUUACUCCCACUCGGCUUACUGUUUUAUGAAGCCCUCUUUGUUUAACCUGUGCCAGCGGCACCUGGGCAUCACCAUGAAGCGGGAGAAGGGGCACAACUCGAUUGACGACGCGAAGAUAAGCAUGUUCCUCGCGCUGAAGAAGAUGAGCGAGUUCGAUACGGCCGAACCCUUCUACCAAUAUCAGCCGUUACCUGUCUUCCUCAACCCAGAAAACUUCACCAACGUGAAGGGAAACAUCAUAUACCACGAAGACGUGAGAUACAAGUACGAAAAGAACCUGUGCAUAUAUGACGCGAAGAACGAAUACAUAGAAGAAAAAGUGCCCAAGCAUUUUUUAAAAAACUGCUUCCAUUGUCCAUGCGAAAACGACGAAGAGUGUGUAGAAAACCUAAUCAUGAAUAUUAAAAAUAAAAAUAAAAUAAAAAAUUAUUUACUCAUAUUAAGAGAAUACGAAAAUAUGUGUAACCGAAAAAUUUAUAAUUGUGUAAAAAAUGCCAAGGAGGAAAAUUUCAAAGUCGAUGGAAAUGAUGAGCUGUUCCAAAUACCCACCAGAGUAGAAGCAAGUGAAAUUAUAAAAAAAUUAAGUAAAAAUAUUGAGAAUAUUUAUGAAAACCUUGAAGAAAAUGAUGUCCUCAUAUUGCUUUCCUUCAACAGUAAUUAUCUAGCGGAGGAUAAAAUUACAGAAACCCUAUUUCUGGCAAAGGAUAUAUUUUACGCAAAUGCAGAUACAAAUGAUAAAAUAAACAGCCUCACUGCGAAGAUUAACUCCAUGGAGAAAAUUAUUACAAGGAAACAAAGCGACAAUGAUUUAGUAAAUUUGCCAUUCCUCGAAUUCAGACAUCUUCUUUGCUCCUACGAACGGCACAUUAUUGCUUACCUUAAUGAGCAAAAGAGUAGUGACCGGAGCAUUUUUAUUUUGAAUUCUCUUACAAAUUUGAAGAACAUCGUUUGUGGUAACAACAGGAAGAAGACCUUUAAUGGGUGGUUUUCCAUUCUUCUCAAGCAGUGA